AUGCCGUGGGAAUUUGCGAGAUUUGUGGUGUGGUCGCUGCCACUCGUCCUGCCCUUUCUCAUCGGAUGUGCCGCCAAGAAGGAGAAGGAAAAGCCGCUCACCGCCUCACAAGUUUUUAGGCCAAAACCCGGCGAGGUCGAGCUGAACGACCCGAACUACCAGACGCUGAAGAUCGUCGAGGCCGACCCGUUUGCCAAGAAG